ACAAUCAGCUGAUCAGAAAUAAACAAAGAUAGUUGCCACAAAGUCCGUAUUAUUAAUGUUAUUUGCCGGUAGAGUGGAGGUGCUGCUAAGCCGGAGAGCCGACGAAAUUAAGAAACAAGAGAGUGAUGUCCCAGUAACUACAAGGAAAACAUACACAAUUGCCAAGAAGGCUUAAAUAUGGGGAAAUAAUAUGAUGUUGGGCGCCUGCGCACAGUGGGAGAGUCGCCUCACACACCCACCCCUUCGAUCCUGUCCUUAUCUCACUGCGUUGUUGAGAAAUUGUGGGGAAGGACAACGGCGAGUUAUAAGGGAGAGACUGCUUGAUUCCAGACAUUGGGCGGCAGCGCAGGAGUCCCAAGGACGCAGCUAGCCUGAUGCUUAGCUGUGUGCACCCAAACCUUUUUGUUCUCUUCAAGAAACUGUUUGGUGCAGCCCCUGCUGGUGACUCCGAGUCCGAGGCAGACAUGUACAACAACUUUGGUCCCCAAUGGCCCUUUGUCAGACAGAGACAUCCAGCCAGUGCACAGGGCCUCGACCAGAAAGUGCGGGCUGAGAGAAUAACAAUUGAGGGGGAUGUACUUAGCUACAGUGAAGAGGAGGAGGAGGAAAGAGUUGGUGUUUAUGUUGGAGAGAUGCCAGUGUCCGCAGAUCGUUGUUAUUUUGAAAUAGAGAUAUUGGACAUGGGUGUGCAAGGUGCCAUAUCAAUAGGUCUUUGUUCUGCAAAAUACCCACUACACAAGCUGCCUGGUUGGGCUGCUGACAGUGUUGGAUAUCAUGCAGAUGAUGGAAGAUUAUACAAAGCCCGUCCUAGAGGAGUUGUAUUUGGCCCAAGAUGUGGGGCUGGUGAUCGCAUGGGUUGUGGAAUAAAAUUUGAGCAGAUAUCACCUGAAAAUGAUCCAUCGUCAGUACCAGUUUUCUUCACAAAAAAUGGGAAAGAGGUUGGAUCCGUAAUGGUAAGAGUACCUCCUGGUGGACUGUACCCUUGUGUAGGUUUAGCAGCAGCUGGUGAUGCUGUCAGACUGUCUCCUCAACUCCUUUGGCCUCCCGAUGAAGACACUCACAUGUCAGUAGAUUCUAUGGAAGAGGAAUGGCUCAGACUGCAUGACAUUCGACUAAAUGGACAGCAGAUGCUGGAGUACUGUGGCCGAGGUAAGAGCCUGGUUGAUGUUGGCCUUGCUCAAGCCCGUACACCAUUAAACACAACUUCGCAUUAUUUUGAAAUGGAAAUAGUUGAUCCAGGGCGGUCUGGUUACAUUACCAUCGGAUUGACGAAAAAGGAGUACCCCAAAAAUAGACAUCCAGGCUGGAAUAGAGGGAGUAUUGCUUACCAUGCAGAUGAUGGAAGAGUGUUUGCAGGUAGCACGGUGGGCUCCCUGUUUGGGCCAAGAUGUCAAAAAGGUGAUGUCAUGGGGUGUGGCAUCAUAUUUCCCAGAGAUUAUGUUUGCAACUAUGACAGUGAAGGAGGGAGCAUGGAAGAAGAAAGCCCAGAACCUUUGGAAUGUGAGGACUUGCUGGAACAUCUAUUACAGUAUCCCCAGCCUGGCUUGCCCCCAGAUUUCUCACCACAGUAUCCACGUCUCCACCAACACCAGCACCACAACCACAUACUCACCACCGAUUCCGAGGAGGAUGAGGAUGACGAUGAUGAAGACGAUGAGGAGGAGGAGGACGACUCACUUGAACCAUCACGGCAUCAUCCAGUUGGAGGAAAAGUGCAGGUGUUUUUCACAAGGAAUGGCCAGAUGAUCGGCAGGCGAGAGGUAGCUCUCCCGAAAGGAGGGUUUUUCCCCAGCAUCAGUAUGGGAAGUUUGGAUGAGCGUGUGAGAGUUGACCUGCGACCAUUGACUGGCUAGUACACGAAUUGCAUUGCAACAUGCAUCUUUCUAUCUUAUACUACCUUUAUUGAUGCAGAGUAACAUAUAUGGGUGGCAAACUACAUUUUCUAUUUAUUGUACCACUUCACAACUCUGAAUUUGAUUUACAUAAAUGACAGGAAAAAACAAAAAGAAAAAAAAAUACAGCCUUACAUUAAACUUCAUUUCUUGUAAUGUGUCCUAUAUUGCAUCUUUACUCACACAUAUAUGUAAACAAUAAUAAGAAUAUGGAGAGAGAGAAAAAUGCUUAUUCUUAUAAGUUCAGGGUCACUUAUGUGUACUGACAAUAAACCCCAAUAUUUUCUAUUCUUCUCUUUGUGUUGCUUUUACUCAGUAGAAACUCUUACUGUAGGCCAUUAUGUAGAACUUUAGAACUGAAAUAGUGAGAGAGAAGCUAGACCAUCUCUCUGCAUAACGGGUGUUCAAUAUUUUUAUUCUGUUACCUUUUUUAUGAAUGCAGUGGUAAAUGAUUUGUAUAGGAGAUAAUGACACAAUUUUCAUGGGAUGAAAAGAUCAAAGAUAUUGUGUUGGUUUAUUGCUGAUGUAAACUCACUGCACAAUCUGAAAUGCAUGUGUAUGUGUGUAUGUAGAAAUCACUUUGGAACCAUUCAUUCGGAGGAAAGUCUGUUUCCCGGUAAUUUUCAUGCUUUUUUUUUUUUUUUCAGUAUAGCUUUAAGGACAUUGCCAUGCAUGUAUGGAAGUUUGUUUUAGGGAAGUUACUGUAUUUUGUGCCCUUUUAAAUUUGUUUGUUUCUAUCUGAAUGAAAUUUGUUAAAUACAUUAUGCCAUCAGUAUCUUCUAUUUGUGCACUGUUGUGCCUUAGGUUAAGAAAAGUGCAUGUAGAAGACUUUUUCUUUUCAGAUAUAAGUUUUAUUUAUAGGAACUGUAUUGAUUCAGGAAUAUGGUUUUGAAUCCCGCAUCCUCAUGUUCUGUUUUGUUCAGACUCAUAUCCAUCACUUUCACACAGUGAAUAGUCAUAAAUGUUAAUAGGUGAUGCAACAGAAAUUUUUAUUAUGUUUGAGAUUAACUGGGCAAUUUACAGAGGGGCCUGUAAGUAAUAACAUGCAGUAGUAAAUGACUUUUGUCAUUUUUACGACAGGAUAUUUCUUGCUUGACAGUUGUAACAUGGAUUAAAUAGCACAAGGCACUGCCUGCUCUAUAGAUACGGUGACAGUGAGGUAAAGAUUUGGUAGGAUAAUAGUUAUUGCAAAAUGAGUUUGGCUUUGAAUUGCAUAUGAUUACUUGGCUCUCUAAUUGCAUAGCUGCUUGCUUUGUUGCUGCCUAUGUUGUAGUCAUCUACAGGAGGCAAACACAGGAUAUGAGCAAGUUUGCAUAUUUCAUCUUCACAUGGUAUAAGAUAGCACCUUUACUAUAAGAAAUAAGAAUAGCAUUGAAUUAUUGCUCAGACAGUAAUUCAUGUUAAUGAUAGAUAUAGCAAGGAAGAAACUAGUAAACUCUCAAGAAUAGAAAAAAAAGGUGUAUAUACACAGUAGAUAUGCUGUUCUCUAUAGAGUGGAAUUGAAGACGUGUAAUUUCCCUAUUUAAAACACUGGUAAAUGUAGGAUAUCUUCACCAGAUAAGGACAGAAAACAUACAUUCUCUUUCUUUUGUCUUCAUGAAGACACAAAUUUUGCAAAACCAUGAUAAAGUUUCCAUAGAAUAGCAUUAAGAGGUCAGACAGAAGACAUGUGAACCAGUAGGCAGAGAUAGGUAUUCAUCACAGCAAGUACUAGAAUGUAAUCAUAGAAAGUGAAGGAAAAACAAAAGUUAGCCCAUUGCUGACGUGCUAUCACUUCAUAGUGAAUAAUCACAGGCAUCAGGUGAUGUCUCACAAUGUCAUGAGCAUAUGUCUCAAUUGCAAAGAUAAAAUCUUGCUUGCCCAACCACAAGCUGGUCAAUUACCCAGGCAUAGAAUGGCAUGCACGAAUGUAUGUCUGGCCUUGCUGGACUUAACAGAAAAUUUUACCUGUCAUUAAUUGGAUGAUUAGUGGUGUAGCAAGGCAUAGAUGCAUAUGAUGAAUAUAGAGAUGUGAUAUAUUCAAAAUGCCUCACAAUGGCCAUGAGCCAGGUCCAGGAAGUUUAAAAUGUGCAAGAAUUUCAUUAUAGCUAGAAUUCUGUAGGGAUUAUUUAUUGCAUCAGUUUUCAUUUUUGUAGAUGAUAGACAAAUAUAAGUAUUUUUUCUAUAACCAAGAUUCUUUAUGUCAGGGUAUAUCUCUAGUAUUUCUAGAUAUAUAAUUAUAGACAACAGGUUUGAUGGAAUCCAUAGAAGACAAAAAAAUAUCUUAUUUCAGAUGCUACCAAACAGUGGAUUCCAGUAUUACAGUUACUUCACCAAUAUGUUAUAAGAGGAAUUAAAAAUAUCCUCUUUAUUGAUGCUUUCUAUCUUUUAACUUUAGUUCAGGGGGAAAAAAAGGUUUAAAAAUUUUGUGUUGUAUUUCUGAUUUAGUUGAUUUUGGUGAAGUUUCGUUUCUCUUGGUGAACAAUGAAAGAAAUUAUCAGAAACAGUAAAAUAUGUAUGUAAUUUUUUUUUAUGUUAUUAAAGGAAGUAUCUGUAGCAUUAUCAUAUGAGGUAUGGUUUCCAAUUGUGAUUGUUAGCUCAGUAGAGAAGAGUCCGUUCAAAGUGAAUAUUCCUCUUGUAACUGUAUCCGAAAUGGGUAUUCGUCUCUCGCAACAAAUUGGGUGUUUUUACUUGACAUGAAAAAGUAGUAUCCAAAGCCAAGACAGUGACAUUGCUCAAAUACUUUUCAAAUUUUGGUAGGAAAACAAUAGGUAGUGUAGAGGACAGAUUUCAUUUAUGUUCAUUCGUUCAUUUUAUUUGAAUUGCAAAAGAUUUGCAGACUCUCAUUAUAAUCGCUUUUGUAAUUGUGUCAUAUUUGUGAAAUGAACUGCUUCUAAGUGUUUGAAUCGGUCUUUUAUGGAAAGGUUCAAAAGUAGAACAGUUCAAAAUUAAGAUAAAUUAUUGCAUUCUUUUUAUUACAUAGAGACAUGUAUCCCUGAAAGUGAUCUUGGAAGCUCCCUAAAGAGUAAACAGAUUUAUUAUUGAUAUAUGCUAUGAUUUUGCUUGCAUAUUUUUGUAGAUACUCUAUUUGCAUUGUUAGAAUAAAAUUAAAUACCUUAGAUAAAUGCAAGUUAUCUUUAUGUGAACAAGAGUAUUCCACAGAAUGCAAUUCUGUGAUUCUGUUUCCUCUUAGCAGAUAUUUUGCCCAAACUCAGAGAAAUACCGCCUGCUCCAUGACAACAUCAUCUUCGUGUUUAGAAAUAGGAUGUAUUUUUGAUGUCAUCCAUUCCAUCCUAAGUUUGCCUUGAUGUUUUUUCCAUAUAUAGUGAUCAUUGAUUAAUGGGCUAUGAUAUAGUAGGAAUUAUUUAGAGUGGUGAUUGCAAUGCAUUUUAGAGAACCAGCAAGUUUAUUUUAUCAAUUGUAGUCUUGGAGAUAUAUAUAUAUGCCAUUCAAAAAACAGUAGCUAUAUAAAGGGGUAUAUUUCCUUGUUGCUGCAGUUCAACAAGAUUUGGACAUGUGAGGUGGGUGAUAUAGAUAUUUCUUUUGCCCUCAGGAUGUUUAGUUUGAUAUAUAACGUUGUCUAUGUAUGGCAAUAUAUAAGCUGCGUUUUCAUUCCAUCUUCAUGUCCAGUAUGUUUCUGGAUUUUUUCUUCUUUUUUUCUUCUCUUUUUUUUCUGUUUUUUUUCUUCUCUGGCCUUCAUACGCAAGGAAAGAAUGAUUUACGAUCGAUGGUAGAAAAUUGGAAAUAGUGUUCAUAAUCUAUUCAGUAAAAGGAAAAGUAUAUACUUUAACUGUAUUCUUGACAAAUCAUCUAUAAACACAAAAAUCUUUAACCGCAAUCCAUGUAACAGAAACUGAAAAGAUGCACCAGUGUAGUGUUAUGCCCAAGUGUAUAUCUCCAUACUCUAUUUCAUAGUUAUGGAGGUCAAAAUAUAUACACACACAUAUAUAUAUAUAUACAUAUAUAUAUUUUUAAUCAUAUUGAAUAUACUGAUUCUUGUAGUCCCAUAAGAUAUUAGUCCCACUGUUGUAGCAGUUUCUGUUGAUUGUAGUUUUAAUCAAAUGAAACUAGAUUGCUGAGAAGACAGCAUUUGCUCUUUUUUGGAUAAGUAGGUCUAAAAUGUAGAAUUUAUAGCAUAGUCAUGGCGAUACAGUUGUUGAAUGUGAACCAACUUAUUUCAGGGGAAUCUGUUCAAAUUGUCCCUUUGGACCACGGAAAUGUAUUCUCAUUAUAUUGCCAUCCUUUUUAGCUUCCAUGUGCUCCACAGACUUAAACUUGUGGCUGCUCUUCUUGAUUUUGUAUUGCAUACUAUUUGCAGUGGUCAAAAGCAAGAAAUAGAAAGUACUUAAAGAAGUGGGUAAUUCUACCCAAUCAUCUGUAUGAAUGAUACAGAAACAUUGUAUAUUUUGUGCAUACUUGUAUUGAUUAUAUGUGGCUGUAUCUUCAGUUUGAAAGAAUGAUAGACAAAGAUUUUAUAGUUUGUAUUGGAAAGAUUGUAUUAGUCAACAGUCAAUUGUUGACCAAGAAAAGAUGACAACAGUGUUAUCAAGGUUUAAAAAGAAAUUACAUAUUUUUUAAGAAUUUCAACAGAAAGAGAAAAGUUUGCAGCAGAAACAAGGGAAUAUCAUAAAUAAUAAUGACAAGACAAUAAUCACAGCCUAAGAUUACUAGGCUAAUUAAACAUAUUGCUUUAUUUCCAUUAAAAACAGCCAUUUUCAUCAUCAUUAAAUCCUUGACACAAAGCAUGAUUCAUUGGCUAUUCAUUUUCAUUUGUGGUUCAUAGAUGUCAAAAAAUAUGUAAAUAUUUGAAAAGGUAUGCAAUAUACAAUUAGAGUAUGCAGCUGAGUUUGAAGUACUUGUUGGAACACUUAGGUUAUUAAAGACAUUCCUUUUGAAUUAUUAUAUGUAACAUUUAUGACUUUAGUUUUACAUCAUCAUUUACAGUAAAUGUUACUGCAGUGAAACCUCUCUAAAAUAUUUGCAGUAAGUCUAAUAGUAAUCAGUGUAGGUACAAGACUGCCCAGGAUCAGAUUCUUGUUGUAUAAUUAGAUAUUGCAAUGUCAUCAUCUUCUCCAGGUGUACUGUUUUACUAUUCAAUUAUCAUUAUCUCUUUUUUAACAUGAUGUGGUUGUUGCAAAAUGUAAAGAGAAAAAAUAGAUUGUGGGUAGUAGGUGUGGUUAGUGGGCAUCACCUGCAUUGUAAUUUUCAUUCUUAUGAUAUUGCUGUGUGCCAUUAUUCAAAGGUGGUUACAAAUGCCAUAAUUUUGAUGCUUGAAAAUUGUUUACAUUUCAUAUUGUUUAUACCAAAGAGUGCCACCUACUGCUGCUGUUUAGAGCCAUUUUCAUAGCUGAGUGAUAAACAGUAUAUUUUGGCUCCAGUGUGCACAUUAACAAUUGGAAGAUAUCAGAAAACCAACAAUAUUGCUCACCUCUGCUAUUAUGCUUUUUUUUUUCUAGUUCUUCCCCAUGACUGGUUUGAUAUUCAUCAUUCAGGUUUAAAGAACUAUGGAAAUACACAUGGAAUAUGUGUAUUUCAGGGAAAAAAAUCAGAAGUGCACAGUACAUUGAUACAGAAACAGAUAAUUCCAGUUACUAUAUGACACUAAUAGUGUAGUUAUUACAAAAUAACUUUCCAGAUUAAAAACAUAUUCAUUUAUACUAAUUAAAGUGCAGGGUCUGUUCCUGUAGUCACUUGCAUUUUUUGUAAUUCAUACACUAAAUGGAUAAAAAGGAGAAUAACAUGCAGGCCCUCCAGAGAAUAGUUUUUUUGGGAAAAACAAAAUAAUAUCUUUGAGACAGUGACUACAGUGGAUAGAUAGGAAUUAGCAAUAUUUUGUAUGCCGAAAAAAGCUUACAGUGCUAGCACAAUGAAAUAAUGAUGUACCCACAUUAUGUAUCUCACCAGAUACCAGCCAGUUACUGUAUGUGUUAAAAUUCUAGUGAGUAAUUACCUUCAUGUUCUUUAUAGUUCAGAUAAUUUCACAUUGAAAUAUUAAACAUGACUGAAUAAAAAAUAAAAAAAACUUGUUCCAGAUGCAGUCAUAUUCAGUAUUCAAACACUGAAAAAUAUGAUAAUUUAUAGUAUGAUUUAUAGGAAUAUAUAUUUUUCUUAUUGAGUCCAUUUCACCAUAUUUUGUGGUUCAGUCGCCAUUUUUACCUUACUGAUAUUAUCUUUCUCUCGUUCUCGCUUUCAAACCCAGAGGCCAAUAAAAGAUUUAGCAAAUUAUAGAUUGAUUUGCAUAUUUUUAUAGGGGUCUUGCUAAACAAUAAUCAUAAAAGGAUAUAUUGUAAAGAGGUUUUACUGUAUUAGAUGUUUGUUGUUUUAAUUUAUGAGAAGUGGUCCAACUCCGUCCCACGGAAUAGAGAUUCUUAGGCGCAGAUA